AUGAUAAUCCAGAAAAGACCAGCCGACAUGGACUCGUGUUUACUAACAAAAGACACUGUCUCUUCAGAAGUCUCCCAGCCUUGCACGUUUCACCCUUUAGUGCUAGAUUAUCUCAACACAACAUUCUCCUCCGAACAGCUGAGUGAGAUAUCAUGUAGCCUACCUCUUCCUCCUAAAAAUACCACAAUACGAGUCAACUCUCUCCAUUACAAAACAGCUGAUGUGAUAUCAAACCUUAAGGCGCUGAUAGGAAGUCAGUUCAAUGUGACAGAGCAUCCAAUACUCGGGGAUUUAAUUGUUGUUUCUGGGAGGAGAAGAGAACUAUCAGACGAAGGCUGUCUUGGUAGAGUUGUUGUCGAUCAGAAAUGCGGUAAAGCAGUACUGAGAGGAGCUGACAUAUUUGCUCCGGGAAUAAAGGGACUGCCACAUCUCCAGGCUGGUUCUAAGGUCUCUGUUCACGUUGAUUUAGCUCAAAAAUGCAAGAAAGGAGAGAAAAACUACGACGGCUCAACGGUUCACAUUGCAAACGGUGUUUUGAAAUUGACACGUUUUGAUAUUUUCAAAAAUAUGGUUAAAAGUGGCGUUGGAGUUGAGAUAACUGAACGACGUAUCGAACUUCCCAGUUUGAACGGGAUUUUAGAAGAGCAGAUGUUCCUACAAAAUCUACCCUCAAUAGUGACAUCUCAUGUUUUAGACCCACAACCAGGAGAUCAUAUUUUAGAUAUGUGCUCUGCUCCCGGAGGUAAAACUACACAUAUAGCUCAACUUAUGGGGGACAAAGGCACUGUUGUUGCCCUGGAGAAAGUUCAAACCAAAGUUGAAAAAUUGAAAUCAAACGUUGCCAAACAAAACUUAAACUGCAUCAGUGUAUUCAAAUGUGAUGCCACUCUUGCUUUUAGCGAAGAAUCUGACUCCUUAUUAAAGCCACCCUUUGGGAGAGAGGUGUUUGACAGAAUAUUACUGGAUCCACCCUGCAGUGCCAUGGGGCAGCGGCCUCAACUCACCAACAACCUACAGCUCAAAGAGAUAUCUACAUAUCCCUCCUAUCAGUGGUGUUUUGUUGCUGAUGCUGUUAAAAUGUUAAGGUAUGGCGGAACAUUUGUUUACUCAACAUGCACUUUACCCAAGCAAGAGAAUGAAAUGAUGGUUGCCAGGAUAUUGAGGAGUUUCCCGGAAAUGAGACUGGUUGCCGCAGAGCCGCUUUUAGGCCAGCCAGGGAUUCUUGUCGAGGGUCUGUCUAAUGAUGAUGUUUUGAAGGUACAAAGAUUUUUGCCUAACAGUGAUUUGGACAGUAGCGUUGAUGUGGAUACUAUUGGCUUCUUUAUCGCUAAGUUUGUGAAAGACAAAGUGUAGUGACUUUUUCUAGUAUAUUUAUCUUAUGUUGGUCAGA